AUUUUGAUAGGAAAUUGGUUUUGAAGAAAUUGCUUCGAAAUUAUUUCAUUGAUCCUUUGUUAACGGAAGCAGAAAUGUUUGUUACUGCUGAUGCUCACUGUUGUUGCAAAAUGAAAGUCAUUUUUAUAGGAAAUCUGUUUCGCUGUUAAUUUGUUAGAGGAUUAAAUGUAUCUUGACAGAAAUCGAUUUUGAAGUGAUCGUUUUGAAAAUCAUUAGCUUGAUCCAGAUUACAGAAACAGAGAGCUUCUGCAGCUAAGAUUUUGCGGUUUAUGAUUGAAAAUUCUUUUCAUAAGAGAAGCAAUCUUGUCAAGAUGUCAAAUGUGACUGUUUCUGUGCGAUUUCGACCAUUUAAUUCAAGGGAGAAGCGAGAGGGAAGUGAUUCUGUUUGCUUCCAAAUCAUGGAUGAAGAGUCAUUUCUAUUCAAGGACGAAAAGGAGGAAGAGCAUGCAUUUUCCUUUGAUAGAGUAUUCUAUCAGAGAUCAACGCAGGCUGAUGUGUACAACUUCAUGGCAAAGCCCAUAGUCAAAGAUGCUGUAAAUGGAAUUAAUGGAACAAUCAUUACUUAUGGACAGACUGGAGCUGGGAAGACCUACAGUAUGGAGGGUCCAAGUAUACUAGGGUGUGAUGAGCAACAAAAGGGAAUACUUCCACGAGUAUUUGAAGGACUUUUUGAGUCCAUCAAGUGUGUUGAUGGAGUGGCCAAAUACACAGUCAAGUUAUCCAUGGUGGAAAUCUACAUGGAGAAAAUAAGAGACCUUUUUGACACAUCAAACGACUAUGUGCAAGUGAAGGAAAUCAAGGGACAAGGAAUCUUUCUUUUGGGAACCACUGAAAUUUGUAUUAUCAACCCAGAGGAAGCAUUGAGCUAUCUUUCUGAGGGAAUCGCUAAUAGAGCUGUUGGGGAGACACAAAUGAACAUGGCUAGUAGCCGAAGUCACUGCAUCUUCGUUAUUUCUAUUCAAGAAACAGAUCAGAGGGUGAGAGGGAAGCUGAUUCUGGUGGACUUGGCUGGUAAUGAGAAGGUUGAGAAAACAGGUGCUGAAGGACGAGUACUCGAAGAAGCAAAGAACAUCAACAAGUCCCUCUCAGCUCUUGGAAAUGUUAUUAAAGCUCUAACAAGUGACAAGACAAACCAUGUUCCAUUUCGUGACUCAAAGCUUACUCGUAUCCUACAAGACUCUUUGGGUGGUAACUCUCGAACGGCUCUUCUAUGUUGCUGCUCACCAAGCUUCUUAAAUGCAUCAGAAAGCUUGUCUACUCUUCGUUUUGGGGCAAGGACAAAGCAGGUGCGGAUCUCUCCACGAUUUAACUGUAAUGAAGACAAAGUUAAAGUCAAACAAGAAAUUCUCAAGUAUGAGACCAAUUGUCAUAGCAGCUCUGAGUUGUCGAACAUAAUUCUGCAUAAGUUGAAAGAGAAUCUUAAUGUUGAAGUUGUGAAUACGUUGAAAGAGCUAUUCACAAUGGGAGGCAUUAUCUUUGAUCCUCCUGAACAGUUUGAGGACUUAGCAUUGGCUGCUGAUGAAGCGAUCAAUCAAACUCUCUUGUCAUUGCACCAAACUGUAGAGGUGCUUUCAAAGGCAGUUGAGCAGUUGACAAUGGAGAACAUAGCUCUCAAGAGCAAAGUGUAUACCACUACUUAUUUGAAGGCAAAUGCUAUCGGUUCAUCAAAUUUGCAUUGCUCAGAUUCUAAUAUGGAGAGGGGAAACAAAUUCAGUGUUUCUAUAUUGAGGAUUGGAGGACUUGUUUCUAAUGGGAUAUAUAUUUGGCGCAUGGUGGUGUGGAAGUUGAUUGCAUUAUGGCGGCGAUGCAUUGCUCCCACUAGAUUUUGGCUCCUCUUUGCGUGAUGAAAAGGGCAUCAAUGUCAUCUCCUGGAUUUGAUGUAAAUAAAUAAAUAUCAUUUUCAGGGCUGACGAUCGUUGUAGGUUCUUCUGCUCAAUUGUUAUGUAGGACCAUAGUCUGUUAGUUGAUGGUUCUCAUGUAGCCUUGCUUUCCUUAUUUUCUUUUGAAUUUGGCUUUUCUUUUCUAUUUUUCCUUGAAGGUCUCCUUUGUGUUUAGCAAGUUCAGCCCAUAGUUAUUAA